AUGCUCAGCGCCGCUCUCCGAAGGCGCGUCCUCGCCCCUACCCACAGCGCUCUGCGAACCGGCUUCGCUGGCCACGUUGUGCGAUACUAUGCCUCGUUCCCCGAGCACCAGGUCAUCAAGAUGCCUGCUCUCUCUCCCACCAUGCAGGCUGGCAACAUUGGCGCCUGGCAGAAGAAGAUCGGUGAUUCCAUCGCCCCCGGUGACGUCCUCGUCGAGAUUGAGACCGACAAGGCCCAGAUGGACUUCGAGUUCCAGGAGGAGGGUGUUAUCGCCAAGAUCCUGAAGGACGCUGGUGAGAAGGAUAUUCCUGUUGGCAGCCCCAUUGCCGUUCUCGUUGAGGAGGGUACCGAUGUCGCCGCUUUCGAGAAGUUCUCCAUCGAGGACGCUGGUGGUGAUGCCGCUAAGCCCGCUGCCCCUAAGGAGGAGAAGUCUGAGUCCAAGUCCGAGUCUGCUUCCACCCCCGAGCCUUCUCCUGAGCCUCAGCAGUACCAGUCUGAGGGCCGUCUCCAGACUGCUCUCGACCGUCAGCCCAACAUUGCCGCUGCCGCCCAGCGACUUGCCCGCGAGAAGGGUGUCAGCGUCGACGGCCUCAAGGGUACCGGCAAGAACGGACAGAUCACUGAGGCCGAUGUGAAGAAGGCUAUCAGCAGCCCCGCCGCUAGCGCCCCCAGCGCUACCUACGAGGACAUCCCCAUCAGUGGCAUGCGCAAGACCAUUGCCAACCGCCUGGUCGAGUCCACCCAGACCAACCCUCACUUCUUCGUCACCAGCUCUCUUUCCGUCAGCAAGCUUCUCAAGCUCCGCCAGGCUCUCAACGCCUCCGCCGACGGCAAGUACAAGCUCUCCGUCAACGACUUCCUGAUCAAGGCCAUCGCCGUUGCCAGCCGAAAGGUUCCCCAGGUCAACUCCAGCUGGCGCGAUGGUAACAUCCGCCAGUUCAACAACGUCGACGUUUCCGUCGCCGUUUCCACCCCCACUGGUCUUAUCACCCCUAUCGUCACUGGUGUCGAGGGCCGUGGUCUUGAGGCCAUCUCCUCUCAGGUCAAGUCUCUUGCCAAGAAGGCUCGUGAUGGCAAGCUCAAGCCCGAGGAGUACCAGGGCGGUACCAUCUCCAUCUCCAACAUGGGUAUGAACCCCGCUGUUGACCACUUCACUGCCGUCAUCAACCCUCCCCAGGCCGCCAUCCUCGCUGUUGGUACCACCAAGAAGGUUGCCAUCCCCUCCGACAACGAGGCCGGUGUUGAGUUCGACGACCAGAUCACCCUCACUGCCAGCUUCGACCACAAGGUCGUUGACGGUGCCGUCGGUGCUGAGUGGCUCAAGGAGGUCAAGAAGGUUAUCGAGAACCCUCUUGAGCUUCUUCUGUAA